GUUUCCAUGAUGCUUCCUAGUUCCUUUGCUGUUUGUCGUCACCUCCUCGAAGGAUUGACGUAAGUCUUGAGGUGGUUCCGUGUUUCAUCCAUGCAUGGAUUUUCGUCGAAAGCUCCCCCAGUUCCAAAAUUAAAAAUGACAACAAGAACUGGCCCUCCCCUAGUCAAAUAGUUACUUUUAGUGACUUUUUUGCUCUUUUGGUAAAUAACAAUAUAAUCAUCCCACUUCAAAAAUUCUACUCAUUCGUCAUGCAAUUUAAUAGCAACUAGUUACGACUUACGACAAGUCGACAACGGAGUUACAAGAAGUUCAACAGGUGCUACAAUCUCUCCUAAAUAAUUGAUCUGAAAUAAUUAUUCGUGAAUUCAUAUACCGAGAAAACAUUGGAAAAUGUCAGCAUAAGAGAUAUCAACUUGUUAGUUGUUACUCCAAAAUUUUGUUUAAUUGUGAAUUUCAUUUUAUUUUUUUACUAUUAGUGAAAAUUUGUUUACUCUAAAUUUCAUUAUCAAUGUAUAGGAAAAAAAUUGGUAAAACAGUAUCACUCACUAAUUCAGUAUAUUUCGAUAAAAUAAUAUAAUAUUGUAACUUUGUCAUUUAAUUAGUCUGGUGUCUGAUUUGUUAGCCUCGCCAAAUAUGAAUGAUUAUCGAGUAAUUCCACACUAGAUUCGUCAACGAUUUUUUUUUAUUCUUUUUGAUGAAUCGUCAACGAUUUUUUUAUUCUUCGUUUCCUAUCCUGGAUUCCUUUGUUUCUCACUGUUGCGCCUUCCUUCCUCCCCAAGCUAACUCCACUACGUUUUAAACCCCUCCCAAAUCUUCGUCAAUCGUCAUUUCCCAUUUCCCAUCGUCGAUCGGAGAUUAUGGAAGAGCAGAAGGCAUCGUCGUCGGGAACUGGCCGGCGGCUGGUGGUCGUCGGAGGCGGCGUUGCUGGUUCAAUGCUCGCCAAAUCCGCCCAAUUCACUGCCGACGUCACACUAAUCGACCCGAAGGACUACUUCGAGAUACCAUGGGCAACCUUGAGGAGCACGGUAGAGCCUUCGUUCGCAGAGAGAGCAGUGAUCAAGCAUCGAGACUACUUCACGAAUGGGCGCGUUAUAACGUCCAAUGCAAUCGAUGUCACCGAGAAAGAAGUCAUGACUGAAGAUGGGGAAGCAGUUGGCUACGACUAUCUCGUCAUUGCAACUGGCCACAAGGAUCCUGUUCCCAAGACUAGGAAGGAAAGGAUUGCUCAUUACCAUUCAGAAAAUGAGAAGAUCAAGUCUGCUACUUCCGUUUUGAUUGUUGGAGGUGGUCCUACUGGUGUUGAACUUGCUGGAGAAAUCGCUGUUGAUUACCCCGAAAAGCAGGUGACACUUGUUCAUAAUGGUCCAAGGCUGCUGGGGUACAUUGGGCCAAAGGCUGGAGACAAGGCGUUGAAAUGGCUGAAAUCGAAGAAGGUUGAAGUGAAGCUGGAGCAGAGAGUCGAUUUAGACAAUGUGUUAGACGACGAUGGCAGGAGAACGUAUCGUACCUCAUCCGGGGAAACUAUCCAAGCAGAUUGCCAUUUCUUGUGCACUGUGAAACCGGUAGGCUCAUCCUGGCUCAAGGACACUGUGUUGAAGAGUCACUUGGAUGCUAAGGGAAGGCUGAUGGUUGAUGAGUAUUUGAAGGUUAAAGGUAGAGACAAUGUCUUUGCAAUCGGUGAUAUCACGGACAUUCCUGAGCUCAAACAAGGGUACUUGGCCCAAAACCACGCUUCAGUAGUUGCGAAAAACCUGAAGGUAACUUUAGAAGGAGGAAACCCCUGCAAAUUGAGCACUCACAAGCCAGGAGCAGACAUGGCGAUGGUUUCACUGGGCAGGAGGGAAGCAGUGGCACAGUUCCCGUUUGCAACAAUCAGUGGCAUCAUUCCAGGGUUCAUCAAAUCCAGAGACAUGUUUGUGGGGAAAACCAGAAAGGCGAUGGGGCUAGACCAUUGAAGCAUGAGUGUUUUGAUGGUUCGUGUUGUAUGAUGUGUUCUUAGUAGGAUUGGGUCAACCGAACUUACAAAUAAAUUAAGAUUCAGAUUGAAUGUUGGUAUGCAUAUUGUGACAAUGUGAAUCUUAAUUUGUGCAAUAAACACAUAUAUAUAUAUAUACAUACAUACAUAUAUAUGUAUAUAUAUAUGGUGAGUUCUACGGUACCCUGGGUGAAAUCCGGGGUACCGCAUAUCUUGAGUAUGAAAACACUAUCUAGACCUUGAAUUGACCGAUCUUUCGAACAUGAUACUAUACUCUAACACUUAAAGAUCAAAAUCUAGGUGUUAACUCUCCCAAUCUUAUACUCCAAGAUCAAUUUAAUUAGAAAUAAUAAUCGACGGUUAUGAUUCAUCCAAAUAUAUGCACAAAAAAGAAUGCAACAUCUUAGGGUUUAUAGAUUAUGAUUUAGAUAAUUAUGACCUAGGGUUCACUCAUUAAAGGUUAGGGUAUAAUACCAGACACAAAAAUCCUGGUAAUUCGAGGUCUAGAUAGAGUUUCCAUACUCGAGGUAUGCGGUACCUCGGAUUUCACUCGGGGUACCAUAGAAGCCACCAUAUAUAUAUAUAUAUAUAUACAUGUUUGCCAAUAAAAUGUAACUUGCGGUACAAGUAAAGGGGAUAAUGCACCCAGGCCCAGAACUCUGAGGAGGGCGAAUUAAAGUUACGUUCUCAUGGAAUGCGUUGAUUGUGUUUAUACCCCUGAGAAUAAUAAAAUUAUGAGAUUUUCACUACAUGAUACUGUUUUGUUUGUGUACUUCAACAUGUGGAUUUCGGUGUUUUCUAUAUACCAUAACGUAAAUAGUCGAAUAGCCAUCAAAAUAGACCGUGGAAAUGUGGUUUUGAUAUCAAACAACAUUGUUAGUCAAAGGUAAAAUCUGACUUGCAUAUCAAAGACUUCUGUACUGUCUUCUAUUUCAUGGGUUAAGGAUGGCCAUGUAUGCAAAAAGGAGUGAAGGACUAAUAUAAGAUCAGUAGAAUUUUUGUGUGGUGUGGGUUGGAUAUGCAGAAACAUGGUAUGUAGACCAUUAACUUUUCAACCCAAGCCAAGAAUAGUCAAUCUUUCUACAUGGAGAGAAGAUCCUCAACAUAACAAUAGUUAGUAUUGCCAAGUAAAACUUUUGGUUGUUGUUUUGUAAUAUUGUUUCUUGCUUGUUUGUUUGAACCGUUUAUGUUCUAAUAAAAGUUUUAUAAUUCA